AUGGCAUCUUCCGCUGCAAGUAUUCUUCAACGACAAUACAAAGAACUUACACGACACCCCGUUCCGGGCUUUGUGGUGGAUCUCAAGAAUGACAACAUUUUCGAAUGGGACGUUGCCAUUAUCGGAUCGCCAAAGACUAUCUAUGAAGGCGGCUAUUUCAAGGCCACCAUGUCGUUCCCAGAAGACUAUCCAUUCAACCCACCCACAUUCCGUUUCAACCGUGAUUUCUAUCACCCCAAUGUUUACCCUGAUGGCCGAUUAUGUAUUUCGAUUUUACAUCCACCAGGCGAUGAUCCCGUCAGUGGUGAAAAGGCAGAGGAACGAUGGAAUCCAACACAGUCUGUCGAAAGUGUACUUAUUUCGAUUGUUUCACUGUUUGCUGAUCCAAACUGUUCAAGCCCAGCCAAUGUUGAUGCAGGAGUAGCAUAUCGCAAGAAUCGUGAAUUAUUCGAUAGCAUAGUCCGAACCCAAGUAGAAGCGUCCAAGAAGGAUAUCCCCCCUGGUUUCCAAAUGCCGAAAAGUGAAAAGGAUUUCAUGAUUGCCGCUCCAGCAGAGAUUGAAGAAGAUGAAAACUUCUGGUAUGAUUCUGCAGAAAGCGACUUUUUAGAUGAUGAUGAUGAGGAAGAGCUAUGA